AAGCCAGAAAGGUUUGGGUCAUUACAACCACCAUCCAUUUAGUGAAGUGUUGAUGAUUUUAAAUAUCUAUUAGUAGAGUAUUCCAGAACCAAAGAAGAAAAAGCAGGUCAGUAUGUCGUCCUUUAUGCAUAUGAUGGUCGACAAUUACAAUGAGGUCUUGGAUGCGAAGAAAGAUCCUUUAGUAGACAGUUGGCUCUUUAUGAAAUCGCCGCUUCCUGUAGUUUCCAUAUUAAUUCUUUAUCUUUAUUUCGUAUUAUAUCUUGGACCAAAAUUAAUGAAAAAUAGAAAACCUUUUGAUUUAAAAAAUUCUCUUAUAGCAUAUAAUGCUUAUCAAGUAGUAUUUAGCCUUUGGUUGUGUAGUAACGUAAUGAUUUUUAAAGAAGGAAUUAUGUAUAAUAUUGUAUCUAGUUGCUCAACUUCGGAAUCAUUUCCUUAUAAAUUACAGGUUUCAACAGCAGCUUGGUGGUACUUUUUCUCAAAAAUAGUCGAACUUUUGGAUACUGUCUUUUUCGUUUUAAGAAAGAAACAAUCUCAAGUUACGUUUUUGCACGUUUAUCAUCAUUCGAUUAUGACGUUCUUUUCGUGGUGUUAUCUAAAAUUAUUACCAGCUGAACAAAUGAUAUUUAUUGGAUUUUUAAACACUUCCGUACAUAUUGUUAUGUAUUCUUAUUAUUUAAUCGCUGCUUUAGGACCGCAAUAUCAAAAAUACUUAUGGUGGAAGAAGUAUAUGACAUGGAUUCAGUUGGGUCAAUUCUGCAUUAUGUUAGCAUACCUAUCUGCACUUGUUAUUAUGGAUUGCAAGUUACCUAAAGCCUUAACCUUUUUCUUUGUUGGAAACGUUGCCAUAUUUUUAUAUUUAUUUAGUGAUUUCUACAGAAAGGCUUAUAAAAAGAAACCAAAAUUGAUUGAAAACGGCACCCAUAGCGAUCCCAAAAAUAUAACGACAACGUUAAAAGAAAAGGAUGGAUUAAAAACUAAUUAAUUUAAUUAAUAUUAUAUAGAAUUUAAGGGAGUCUUUCGGUUACUUUUAAAGAACGAGUAGAUAGGUGAUUCAAAAUGAUAUGGUAUGAUUUGAAUGACUCUUGUUGGCGUUUUGCUUGAUGUAAUUUCAAGUUAGUUAUCAAAUUUUGAAUUAUCCCAGUAUGUUUAGAGAGCAAAGACAAUUUUUUUAAAUAUUUGCUAGUUUUAAGUGGUCUAUUGUGUUGUAAAUAUUUCUUUAAAAUAAAAUAAAAGUAGUCAUACAUAUUUAUAAUUUAAAAGUUAGAUAUUAUUAUUUAAAAAAUACUUUGUGAAAUAUAGAUAUGUUACACUAUAUCUAGUAGGGUGUUGUUAAAAAUAAUAAAUUAUUACAAUUUA